AUGCGCGUCUUCACGCGCUGGUGCAACCAAAAGCUGCAGCAGCGGGGCCUCAAGAUCGAGGACUGGACCACGGACGUGGGCGACGGCAUCACCCUCAUCGACCUCUGGGAGGUCGCCAGCCACAAGACCGUCAGCGGCGUCAACCGCAAGCCCGGCAACAAACGAUUCCUGAAGAUGGCCAACAUGACGCUCCUGCUCGACGCCAUCAAGAGGGACGGCGUGCCCGUCGUGGGUAUCACCAAAGAACACCUGGUGGAGGCGCAGGUGGACCCCGUGUUGGAGCUCAUGUGGAAUCUGAUUCGGGCGUACCACCUCAACCACGCCGCGGCCGGCAUCACCUCGGGCUCCCUGGACUCCAAAACGGAGGCGUACAAGGGGAGAACGCUGCGGUGGGUGAACGACAAGCUCGCCGGCUACAGCGUCAAGGCGGACGACUUCAAAGACAGUUGGCGUGACGGCCGAACGUUUUGUGCAUUGGUCCACGCUCUGGAGAACGACGCGCUUAACUUUGCGUCGGUCGCUCAGUCCAACGCGGCCGACGCGCUGGAGCUGGCGUUCGCCGCGGCGGAGCGGCAUCUCGGCAUACCGCGCCUGCUGGACGCGGCCGACUUCGCCGGCGACGACGCGGCCCUGCCCGACGAGCCCUCCAUGCUCACCUACCUGGCCCACUUCGUCAAUCACACCUCGAGCAACUUCAAGAUCUUGCUGACGCCGCGAGUGCACGUUCCCGCGACGGAGGAGUCCAAGGCGCCGGCGGACCUCGCCACGGGUUCGCACAUUCACCACCGCAAUGCCCCGCCCGCCGUGCUCCCCGCCCCGGCAGGUAUAGUGGAACAGGCGACGAGCGUGGUGCACUUCUUCUUCGACCGCUGCGCCGAGCAUCCCGAGCAGCACGCCUUCUCCGUUCGGCGCGAGGAGUUCUGGCGACGCAAGACGUGGGGCCAAUACCGGCACAUGGUGUGCCGGGCCGCGCGGGCCAUGAUCUCGUUCGGGCUCAAGCCGGGUGACCGCAUCUGCAUCUUUGGCAAGAGUGCCACCAGGCCGGAAUGGAACAUAUUCAGCCUCGCUGCCAUGGCCGCGGGCGCCAUUCCCUGCGUCGGGCACAGCUACAACACGGCCGAGCUGCUGCGCAUACUGAAGCAGUCGGAGGCGCCGUUCCUGCUGCUCGAGAAGCAGAGCCAGUGGAAGAAGGUGCGGGCCGAGCUCAAGGCCUUCCCGCACCUGCGGCUGGUCAUCAUCAAGGAGCCCGGCAACGCCGGCCUGGGCCACGACGCGGUGCUCACCUGGCGCAUCUUCUCGCGCGCCGGCGAGCGGCUCAAGGGCUCUCGCGACACCGUCAUCGACGCCCUCGACGCCGAACUCGAGAAGCGCACCAAAGCGAUCGUGCCGACGGACACGGCCUGCAUCGUGUUCACGCCGGGCACUGAGUCCGCGAGCGCCGACGCGCCGCCGCGGGGCAAGGGCGUCGUGCUCUCGCACCGGAGCGUCCUGUGGACGGCCCGGCGCGUGGCCCAGUCCCUGGGCGUCACCGCCGACGACUGCUACGUGUCCUUCUUAUCGUCCGCCCAGAUCAGCGAACAGCUGCUGGCCCUGCACGUGCCCAUCCUCACCGGCAUGUCUGUAUUCUAUGUCCCCGAGGCGACGAUGCUGCACGGGUGCAUCAAGGAGGUGCAGCCGACGAUCCUUUCCGCCCCGCCGGACUUUUGGCUCACCUCCCAUCACGCGAUGACGGAGAGCCUGCCGGCGUCGGGCGUCGCCGGGUUGGCCCCGCGGGUCCGCAAGCAGCUCGGCUGCGGCCGCGUCCGCCACGCCCUCGUCGGCGGCAACUCCCAGCCCGUGGCGCGGGCCGUGGUCGACUUCUUCGCUGAGCUGGGGGUGCGGCUGGUCCACUGCUACGGCCAGGCCGAGACCUGCGGCCUGCUGACGUGGACGCUCGACAACAACAAGCCCACCACUGCUGCGGCCGAGGGGCCGGACCAGCAGCUGGUCGCGGUGGGCGAGGCCCUGCCCGAAUGCGAGUUUAAGGUGGCAGCUGACGACGGCGAGAUCCUGGUGCGCGGGCCGCACCUGUUCACCGAAUACUUCCAGGACCCGGCCCUGACCGCCCAGGCCCGGUCGGCCGACGGCUGGUUCCGCACGGGCGACGUGGGCAGGCUCGACUCGCAAGGGCAUCUGGUGUGGCUCGGGCGGCGAGCCGACGCGAUCCAGCUGGCCGACGGUCGCGUGGUCCAUCCCGCCGCGCUCGAGGCCGCCCUCCGCUGCAUUCCCCUCAUGCGGAACGCGUUGGUGGUAGGCAAGGGCCGCGAGUUCCUGGCGGCGCUGCUCAUCGUCGACGUGGCCCUCAUGAAACGCGCUGCCAAGAAGCGCAACUGUCUCCCCAAGAAAUUGCUCGGCAGCACGGAUUUCCAGGCGCAGCUCAAGGCCAUCGCGGAAACCGAGGCCAUGACGGCGACGGGUCUCAAGAAGUGGUCCAUCGUACCCCGGUCCCUGACCAUCAAGCGC